AUGAGUGCAGAACAGCAACCACGAAAGGUUCGCAGGGAGGUGGAAAUCUCCUUCUCCAAACAGGAUGCGGCCAGGUUGCAUCAUCCUCAUGAUGACGUACUUGUAAUCACUCCCUUGAUAAGGCACUAUAACACCCAGAGAAUGUUAGUAGACAAUGGGAGUGCUGUGAACAUCCUGUUUGCUUCCACUUUUGGAAGGAUGAAUCUAGACGAGACCGACCUGAAACCUGCCUCGUUCCCAUUGUAUGGAUUCACGGGAGACCAUUUACUCCCCAAAGGAACAAUCUCACUCUCAGUCACGCUGGGCGAUCUUGACAAAGUGACUAAGGUAACCGAGUUCUUAGUAGUAGACUACCCAUCAGCCUUCAAUGGAAUCCUGGGGCAACCUCUGCUAAGACAAUUCAAGGUGGUCACUUCAAUUUAUCAUCUAAAAAUGAAAUUCCCCACCCUGACGGGGAUCGGGGAAGUCAGCGGGUCUCAGCGUGCAUCGCGCGACUGCUAUGUGAAAGCAGUCCAGAUGACAUGCAAGGGAAUGGGCACCUCGCGAGGAAGUCAUAGACAAGCAAUGGCGAUCAGCCGGAUUGAGCCACGACCUAGUCCGGCCGAGGACAACAUAGACCCUCGUGUCCAAGAUUGCCCUUCCAGUGGGCCAGUUGAGGGCCUGACUGAAGUGCUGGUCGACCAGAAAGAGCCGAGCAGGGUGUUGAGAAUCGGUAAAAAUCUUAAUCCCUAG